AGGGGAGAGUGGGGUUUAGUGGAUGUAGCUGUGGGCCGGGGGGUGAGCUACCUAACCCGGGCUGCUCCGCUGAAACAUCCAUGGGUGGCUGUGUCGGGAGCCACCACGACUCUUCGGGCAGCUUAAACGAGAACUCGGACGGCACUGGAGUGGCUCUAGGGCGUAACCAGCCCCUAAAGAGAGAGCGGCCUAAAUGGAAAAGUGACUACCCGAUGACUGAAGGCCAGCUGCGCAGCAAAAGAGAUGAAUUCUGGGAUACGGCGCCAGCGUUCGAGGGCCGGAAGGAGAUCUGGGAUGCGCUGCGAGCUGCGGCCAGUGCCUUUGAGAGUAAUGACCACCUACUGGCCCAGGCCAUCCUGGACGGGGCCAGCAUCACACUGCCACAUGGAGCUCUGACUGAAUGUUACGAUGAACUGGGGAACCGUUACCAGCUGCCAGUCUACUGCCUCUCUCCUCCCGUCAACAUGAUCGAAGAGCGCUCCGAUGAGCCCGACGGCUCGGAUCCAGACUCCGUGACGGCGGACCCCUCCACAGGCGGUGCCGGCGACCCCGUCCCGGGAGGCGAGUGUCAGCUCCGGCUCCGGCUCUCCACGGGCCGCGACCUCCGGCUGGCGGUCCGCUCCACGGACACGGUGGGCAUGAUGAAGCGUCGCUUGCAAAGCCAGGAGGGCGUGCCCGCGUCGAGCCAGCGCUGGUUUUUCUCAGGACGGCCGCUGACUGACAGGCUGCGCUUGGAUCAGCUCAACAUUUCCAGGGACUACGUAGUUCAGGUUAUCCUCAGCCAGCGUCCACCACCAGAGCCUGUAACUCCACCAGGACACACAGCAGAGGCCUGUGGGCCAGCGGAAGGAGUGUCCGCUCUCCCCGAGGAGCCGACGCCGGUGGAGAAUUGAAUGUGAACAGUGUAAAAGAAGAAGAAAAAGGCACAAACAGAAUUAAAGUCCAUUCUUCUCCUCUGUGCUGUUCGCUUGUUUUUGCUGAGAAGGGCUACGUCAGAACAGAGGUCAGCAUCCGCUGGCGUUUUAAAAACUCUUUUUGGAGAAAAGACUCUUUUGGUUUUACACGUUUAAAAUUUUGACCCUUUUUUGAAGUCUUUUUAACUGUUCCUAUGGAAACCAGAGUACAAAAAGCGAACUUUGUUAGGUGGUUUAAAGGGUUUUCCUGGCAGCACUAAAGGCAAAAUGUUUGUCAGUUUCCUUUAAAGUUCUAUUCAGAGACGAUCGACGAGAUGAACUGUGAUUACGAGGCCACAGGGUUUUAAACACGUUUUUAAUUCAGACAGUUAAGUAAAUGCAACUAUUCCACAGUAAAAGAAGUUAUUCAGGCUUUUUAGCAAGAACAUUUCAGUCAAAGGAUUAAUGUAUGUGAGAGCUAACAGCUGUGAAAUMCAUUUCUUAUCGUUAGCACAGAGAUUUUAGUCCUAUAUUGUCUAAGUGGCAGUCAGGAGGCAUGGCUGUGUAAUUUACCAAGCUGCUGCUGGGUUCAAUACUUCACUCUGCUUCACUGAACAAUCAAACCAAUCAUUUGAUAAACUGUAAGUAAUUAUCUUUUUUGUGUGUGAAUGAGUGUGCGUGGAUGCUCAGGACACAAAACACACUUCAACCAUGCGGCGAAAGGAUGGACAUCAGAAACACGAUUGCAUAUUUUGGUUAAAAAUAGAGUGUUUUUAAAUAAAAAAAUGGUCAUUGCUGAUAUUCCUUAA